CGCGGAGUGGGUGGCAUGAGCCCGUUAGGGUCGCGGCACUUGGACACGCGAUCGUCGCGCGGUACAGGGUACACACGUUCCAAUGUCUAACCGGCAGCAGUUAUUUCCUCGCGGCGCGUGCCUUUCGCGCGAUCGUCACGCGUGCAAUUUCUCGUGAGAGAGGUCAAGGGAAGUCCGACAAUCCUCUCAGCCUCGACUAGUUCUCCUCUUUCUUUCGUCAAGGUGUUCUCAUCACACUCGCCCACUCCUUGUAACUGUCAUAUUCAUUUGUGACCGGGGUAUUGUAGUGCGUGAAUUAACUUCGUCGACACUGUGAGUGUGACAUUGUGUAAGACUGGUGAACUAUCAUCGAAGACAAUUAAGACUGUAUAACUGACGUGCGGUGAUCAUGGAUUGGAGAUUCGGAUUGCUGUUUGCCUGUCUAUUCGUCGAUGAUACGGUUGCGUUGAGGAUGCUGGAGCUGGUGGUACCGCAGCAUGUAGUCCGUGGUCAAAAUAUCAAGCUAGAAUGCAACUUCAAUCUAGACGGGGAAACGUUGUACUCGGUAAAAUGGUACAAAGACGGAAACGAGUUCUAUCGAUACGUACCACAGGAAAGGCCGCCUGUGCUCGUUUUUCAGCUGCCAGGUGUCACGGCGAACAUUCACAAUUCGACCGAAAGAUCGGUCGUUCUCCAUUCUGUGAAUUUAAUGAGCACCGGAAGAUACAGAUGUGAAGUGUUAGCCGAGGCGCCAUAUUUCCAAACGGUUUCCGAUCACUCGGACAUGCUGGUAGUGGCUUUACCGGAAGAUGGUCCCAUUAUCACUGGCAGACCAGGAAGGCAUCGUUAUCAGGUCGGUGAUGUGGUUCGGUUCAAUUGCACUUCGGCGAAAUCGAAACCAGCUGCCAUACUCAGCUGGUUCAUCAACGGGGAGCCUGUUGACACGCAAUACUUGAGAGGGCCUCACAUCACCGAGGUGGAUCGCGAGGGUUUGGAAACGGCUGUGCUAGGUCUGGAGUUUCGUCUGCGUACGAAGCACUUCAAGAGGGGUGAUCUGAAGAUCAAAUGCCUGGCAACGAUAGCGACUGUAUAUUGGAAAUCGAACGAGCUCAGCAUAGAGGGUGAAAGGCCCCUCAAGAUGCCCGUUAUGGAAAGCAGGGAGACAAGGGCGCAAGGCCAUACGCAUGCGGAACAUAUCUUAGGAGGUAAGAAAAUGAUACAUAUAAAUAUAUAUAUGAAUGUAAAUAUGAUUGAUUUUCAACUUUUUUUGUAUUAUAUUUUAAUACGUUUAUGACAUUAUGAUUUGAAGUGGACAUCUCUAAAACACGUGCUCUCUGGAAUAUAUAUUUGAAUUAUCCUGUAUGAUAUUUCUCAAAGUAAAGUCAUAAAAAAGUUAUUCCUCUGGACGAAAAGCAUCAAAAAUGUAGAACGACGGUUUUUCGUGGGAGCUUCUAUUUUGAAGGAAAAGCACUUUGAAGAGAUCGCUUAAGGACGCGUGCACUUGGCGGAGGAGAUUCAGUGGUUCUCAUUUGAUUUUCUAUGGAUCCUAUAUAAAAAAUAUGUUCAAAAUAGAUUAAUUUAUUAUAUGAUUUAUUUAUUAUGAAAAAUUAAUAUAUGUUGAUAAAAAAAGGUACUGUUAAUAACAAAAAUCAUAAUUUAUCGAUUAUUGAUAAAGAAGAAAGAUAUUAUAGAAAUAUGCUAAAUUCUUUCCAAUAACAUGAAAAUCACUGAUAUAUUAUUUGAAGUAAUCCUUAUAUGAUAAAUUUAUGGAUGGCAAUAGUUAUAUCAAUAGUUAUAUCAAUUUUUCAAUAUGAAUAUAUUUUAUAUUUAUAUUCUUUAAUAAUAUAUUUAUAAUUUAUUAUUUCAUUAGAUUGUAAUAAUUGUAAAUAAUUGUAUGUUCAUAUAAAUAUCACAUAUUAUAUAAGAAUAAAAAUUAUAUAUUACUAAAAUUUAAAAAUUAAAAAUAAUUAUAUAUAAAUUUAAAAAUUUGUUGUAUUGAAAUUUAAAUUUGAAUUAAAAUAGUAAUUAUUUUGAUAAUUUCAAAAUAAUCUUAAUUAUCUUAAAUUUUCUAAAAUAUUAAUCUAUCUUCAGUUCCAAACGAAUAUUUUUCUCUGGAAAGAAUCUAUAAAUGAUUCCAAAUUAGUGAAAUAUUAAUUGUCAAGAUCGAUGCCAAGAAAGAAAAAUCCAUCUAUCCACGUAGAAAUAUCGCAAAAUAUCAUUAAAAAAAUCAGAAUCAGAGACAUAUUCGUUUGCCGACAAUUUGCUGACUUAUGGAUACAUAUGCGAUGUUAGUAAAUUUGUGUGUCAGUAACUGUGAAUGCAAUUCCCUCGCCAAUAUCGAUUGAAUUAAAGCCACGAUAUGUUUCAAUUUUUUCAUGCCUUUUUUUUUUUACCUUUUUUUCUUUAUUCAAUAUUACUUUUAAUUUAUGUUUUAGGAAGCGGAAGCAACAUGUUAGCACCAUGCAUCUUCCUUCUGAUGACAAGUAUAUUGAUUCUACGAUAAGAAGACUCAAGAUGUGGUGCAUCGUCCUUUUCGUGCUCAUCCUUUUCAAGUCUCCUCAAAUCGUGACAUAUGGAGACCUCUGGUGUACUAAAUUAUCCGUGUUGUUUCUAUUUUUUAUAAUCGCAGUUAGUGAAGUUAGUGAGAACAUAGACGAGAGAAUAUACUUAAUAAAAAUAUAUGUCAGUAUGUUAUAAAGUUAGAGAAUGAAAAGACGGGUGUUGUAAAUUCUUGCUGAAUCACUUCAUAAAUCUCUGUGCAUCUUCCAUCAAUUUGUAUACUUUCGAUACUUUUUCUCUAUAUACUGCCUCUUUGUACAAGCUUGACAUAUUUUUGAAAGUUUUAAAUUUAAAUUCUAAAUUUUAGAACUUAAAAUAUUUUUAUAGAUUUAAUUUAAAAUCCUUAAAUUUGAAAUUUGAAAUUCUAGAUUUUUAUAUAAGAUGCAUAGAAAUUUAAGGAUUCAUUAAAUAUAUCAUCAAAUGGUUACUUGAAAAAAAGAUUUUAUUCAAUUGUUGAUACAAGAAAACAAAGUUUAAAAAACAAACUCGAUUUAUAAAUCUAUGUUUGUAUCUUCAGAUUCUUGAAAUUGCCGCUCUAUGUACUUUUCUUUCCUUUUCUUUUUUAUUGUCUUUUAUUGUUAAAGAAAUGAAUCACAAAAUGAAUGAACAAAUAAUAAUCAAUAACAAUGAACGAAUGAAUGAAUGAAUGAACGAAUGAAUGCCGAGCAUAUUUAUAUUCUAAUUGUACACGAGUGUUUUUAUCGUCCAGUCGCAUGAGAGAGCAAAAAACAUUUUAAUUCGGUGAGAGUGUUCUUGACAUAGCUUUUAUCAAUCUAGUCGCUAUUAAUCAACUGCAGAGAUAUGUAUGUUAUUCUAGAAAUUAUUGUGAAUCGUGUGUACGCGUGUGAAUGUAGAGUGUAUUUUACCAAAGAACAUUUUAUGCUAAAUAACAUUCCUAAUUGUUAAUUACAAGUAAAAUACAUUGAGUGAGUUGGAAAACCACUCUUUGCAUAUCGUAUUUUACUGUAAGAAUGCACACUGUACAUAUGUACAUAAAUUGAACUUUUAUCUUUAACUUAACGUUCUGAUAAAUAAAACGGCGUUUACAUCGAUGGAUCAGACAAAA